UCAAAUAACGCGUAAAAUUCUAAAUCCAUUCUAUGCUACCGAUGACUCUGACAGCAAUCGCUGACCGCGGGAACAAUAUCAGUUUCUCUGAAAACCGUGAGCCAAUAUCUGGCUUUUCCUCCAGCCGUACCUGAAGGUACAAUAAUAGACUUGGCUGGAACCUGCAGCCUGAUUAAAUAAAUAGUAUUGUCUAUCUCUCGAACUGCUCUACCAGCAGUAACCCAACUACCUUUCCGCCUGGCGUGAAUAGAUCCUAUCCAGAUAGAAAUAUGGAAGGGCAACAGUUCUGUUUACGAUGGCACAAUUUUCAAAACACACUAUUGAGCUCUCUGCCCAAACUCCUCGAUGGUGGUUAUUUAACAGACGUCACGCUAAGCGCUGGUGGUAGACAUAUACAUGCACAUAAAAUUAUACUUUCUGCUUGUAGUUACUACUUUAAAGAAUUGUUCAAGGAUUUAAGUUCUUUGCAACAUCCUGUAAUUGUAUUACCAGGAAUGGAGUAUGCGAAUUUAUGUGCCUUGGUCACAUUCAUGUACAAUGGUGAAGUGAAUAUAUAUCAAGAACAGCUACCUGCACUUUUGGCUAUGGCAGAUACCCUCCAUAUUCGUGGAUUAGCUGAUAUAGCUGGGAAAAACUCGAGGCACGACAAUGGUUUAUACGUCGAACCACCGCCGGAACAGCUGCAGGAAAAAACGUUAGCUGAUACAUCGAUAAAAAAGCAGAGCAAGGACAACGUGAUGUCAGGCGGUAGAGAAUCUUUAGAAAAUGCGUUAGACACCGAGACGACCGAAAACAUGGAAGAAUCAUUCAACGAUCAAGAAAGUAUACCGUAUUGUGUAAAGACAAAGCCUUAUUACUCUAUCAACGCGAAAUUAAAUCAAAAGAUCAGUAUUCCUUCUAUAAACGCGUCUACCAACAAGUACACUGAGAAAACUUAUUCGGAAAUCGGCGUGGAUGAGAGUACGCCUGUUUUAGAAGAUCAAGUCACGCCAGUCGAAGAAGCGAAUCCGUCUCCCGUUUGGGAUGCAAAUUUCAAAUUUCUGACGAGCUCCGUCGGCAGUAGAACGACGCAAAAUUAUAACAAAUCUAGUGUCACUUGUCUUAUUUGUGGUAAACAGCUGAGCAAUCAGUACAAUCUGCGGGUACAUAUGGAGACGCAUAGUAACAGUUCGUACAGCUGUACGGCAUGCUCGCAUGUCUCGAGAUCGCGGGAUGCGUUACGGAAACACGUUUCCUACAGGCAUCCGGUGGCCUCACCGCAAAAACGUUCGCGGUAUACUACACCAAAACCAUAGAAACAUGUAUCUCCAUUUAUAUUACAUCUACUGGUUUAGGACAUCUUUUGUCGGAGAGAUAAACGUUCUGUUAUUUAUCUAUGACUUUUUCGAUUAAAACAAAUUAAUAAGUUAUUAUGAUUCAGAAAUUGAGACGUUAUAGUUCCCAAGUAAGUCUCCAAACAUCUUAAAAAAUUAAGAUAAUGGGCCGAUUAAAAAUGUGUGCAAAAAUUAAUGAGAACCAAUGUAUAUCGGUGAUAGAAGUACCUAUUCGUGAUAAAUUUCUUUGCGCAAGUUGACGCGAGUCAGUGAAACGUUAUCCGUGUUAUCCGCCAAAACUGAGUUAAGAACAAAGGAGUUUAAAAUUACUUUUUAUUUCGUAUGACCCCUUGCAAUUGUGUUUUUCAUUUAUUUUAUUGCGAAUAGGAAAAGUGGAAUAUUUAUAUUGUACAAAAAAACUAGGAAGAGAAUUCAAUAUGAAAACUUGUGUACCUCAUGUUUCUACAUAAGAGAUAUAUUCAGUACUAGACUGAUUAAGAGUAAGGCAAGUUAUAGUAACAUCUCGAUUGUUUUUAAGUGUACAAAUAAUAACUUAAAGCGUGAUCACGUUCCUCGAGAGACCCUUAGUGUUCGAAUUGUUACUGUUUUUCUUGUUAUCGUUACGCUGUUUUAAUAAAGACAAUGUAGAUAUAGACAA